AUGUCAUGCAUCACCGACUGUAACAGCUGUCCUUCCAAAGGAGCGUGCGCAAUAAAGAACGAGGGCGAAGGGCCCAGCAAGAUAGAAAAAAGUUUUAUGGAUAAGAUCGUAAUAGGAGUAAUGAGCGGAAAAGGCGGAGUGGGAAAAAGCACAGUUUCAGCUAGUUUGGCACUGCAGCUCUCCGCCGAAAGAAAAACAUGCAUCAUUGAUGCAGACAUAGCAGGGCCAAGCAUUGCGAGGGUAGCAGGCGUUGACAGCUCGCAGAUCAUUGCAGAGACACACAUUCCUUCGAAAGUUGACUCUUUGUACGUAUUUACACCAGAAAAAAAGAGUGGGCCCACCAAGGGAGUAGAAAUCCUGCAAUAUCUAGAAAAGAUCAGCAUAGAAGAGUACGAUGUGAUCGUGAUAGACACACCGCCAGGCACAUCAGAUGUCCACAUUGCCCUUGCAAAGCACAUUCCAAACAUAAAGAUUGUCCUGGUAACCACGCCGCACAAGCUGAGCAUAGCAGACACUAACCGGCAAAUAUCAUUUUGCAAUAAGUCUGGUCUGGAGAUAGCUGCAGUUGUGGAGAACAUGAGCGGGUACAAGUGUGCAAGCUGCGAGCACGUGGUUCCUCCCCAAAAAACAGCACAUCUGACCAAUCUCAGAGCAGAUCUACCGUGCAUUUCAAUACCCAUGUCUCAGAUGAUAGCAAAAGAGUCAGAUAGCGGUGUCAUCCAAGAGCUAAAAAAAUACAUGAAUAUGGCUGAACUGAAAAUUUUUAAAUAA